UUUGUUGCAUUACAUAUGAAGCUGACUACUCCCACUGCACAUAUUAAAGAUACAAAAUAGAAAUAAUGUCUGCCCCGUCUAUAUUAUACGAGUAUUAUUGAGUGAUGGAUAUCUUGCACUCCUACGUGCACAUAUCUAAGGCGGCUCUCUUAAACGUCUAAGAGAGGGACUAUGCAACUGGAUCAUAAAUUUUUCUAGUUAAUAAUUUUGCAACUUCAGAUCAAUAUAGCACUAAUCGAUUAUCUCUCUCUAUAUUCAUCAGCUAAACCGGUAUGUUUUCUUUUCUCUAAGGAUUUAUAUUCAGUGCAUGGUUAUAGAGUUGGUCCUUCUGCAUCCAGGACUAAGUGAAGAACAUAUUUGAAAGGUUUAAUCUGAUUUGUCAAUCUAAUAAGAACUCGUAGAGCAGGGGCGGAGCCAGGAUGAGGGUUCAGGCUGGGCCGGUUGUAAACUAAAAACACCACAUAAAAAAUUUAGGCUAAAUGAAAACUAUAAGCUUAUAUUAAUCUCAUCUUUAUACCCCGUUUUCUUUCGCUAGUCCAUGUCUGUUUGAUGACUUGUACCCCGUCUUUUUUCCGUUUUCCCGGAUCUUGCUCAAUUAUUAAAAUAACUAAUAAUAAAAUUAUUCACCAAAACUAGAAGAAACUAGAAGAAUAAAUGACAACAAUUAAUAAAAUAACCAAUAUAUUAUUUUGAAUCACAUUAUUCAUAGUAGUGUGUUAAAAAACAGAAUCCUCAUUUUCAUUUUCACAAAUGAAUACACAAGACAAAAAUUAUUCACCAAAACUAGAAGAAAUUCACAUUUUACAUUGUAAAAACUGGUAUACGUAAAAGAGCCUGAUGUACUCCUAAUUUACCAUAUUUACGAUCUUGUUUUGUCACACUUUUAAUACUUUAUUUCUCAUUUUUAAAUAAAAAGGAUUGAUCUUUAUCAUCUUGGACAUUUUAAGGUAUUGCACUUGUUUUGGUAUAUUUUUGAGUUUCAGGAUAAUUCGGAACGUAUAUUAAUUUCUGAAAAGAAAUAAAUAUUACUCCCGAGUGAAGACGAAAAAAUCAUCAAAGUGAAGCGAGUCCUAACUUUAUCUCCGAAAUAUUUAUACAGAGACGCGAAGUUCAUUUCAGAAUAAAUCAGACUGUCCACAAUAAAAUGUACCGGUUAACUGUUUGACCAGUUAACUGAUCAAACAGCUAACCGGCCAAAUAAAGAAGUGGCGAACAAAGAGCCAAGCUGACAACAUUAGUCACUCCAUUAUUGUGAAUAAGGCUCCACCGUAGAAGAAAUCUCAAGAAGAAAACAAAUUGAGAUCAAAUAAUUGUAUUGCAUCCACUUGGAACCAAAGCUGUCUUCAUCAUCUUUCAUUAGCCUAACAGAGGAGCACAGCAGCCGACGAAGAAAAAUGCACAACAGAACAGUGGCCGGUGCUAUUUGCAGGAAGAAAAAUGAGAAAUUGGCAAUCACAUCUGGUGAAGAUUGAAAUCAAUGGCCGUCCAAAUUAAAUGAUCUUUAUCUUCAUUCGGAGAUAUUUAUGAGCUACACCCUUCUUUUGCUACUAUAUAAAGGGGUUAUUCAGGAGCUUCAAAGAACACAACCAAGUAGAUAGAAAUCAUCCUUGUUUCUUUUCUUUAGCUUUGUUCAUAGUAGUAGCAAUAAAAUAAAAGUGAUUCUUUCAAGAACACUUUCUGUAAAAAUUCAGUUUGUAAUUUCCAUUCCAGAAUUUCAGUUCUAUAUAUUUCAACAAUAAAGUUCAUUUGGAGAUAUCAGUUCGAAGUUAAUCAGUUCCAGCUUAAUCUGAGGAUUUCAAUCUUUUCUGUUCCAGCUCUUCUAUGUUCUUGAAUAUUUAUGCCUUCAGGUGAAAUUGAGGAACAAGAUAGCAUUCUCUAUCCAGGCGUGGAUGCAGCAAAUUUUGAGAUCAAACCAGCACUUAUCUCAUUGGUCUCAGCCAACAAAUUUGGCGGAUCAAAGAAUGAAGAUCCGACGAGCCAUGUGAAGCAAUUCUUGAGAGUUCUCCAAACUCUUAAGCUUAAUGGAGCCUCUGUUGAUGCCAUCAGACUCAGAUUGUUUCCAUUCUCACUGAGGGAUGAAGCAUUGAGUUGGUUAAACUCUAAACCAUCCGGUUAUUUCAACACAUGGGAGAAGUUGCAUAGAGAUUUCAUGAAGGAGUUCUAUCCUCCUUCUAAGGCAUCAAAAAUGAAGAAACUGAUCCAACAAUUCAGACAACAACCAUCAGAAUCUCUUUAUGAAUCAUGGAAGAGAUUUAAAGAUCUUCAAGUUCAAUAUCCACAUCAUAAUAUGAGCAUGGGUGAUCUCAUUGUCUCAUUUUAUGAAGGAUUACAUGAUAAUUCCAAAAUUGUUGUGGAUGCCUCUGCUAAUGGAGCUUUCAUGGAGCUUGAUCCUCAAACUGGAAAAGAGAUGCUUGAGAAAAUUUGCAACAACAGUGCAUCAUGGUAUUCUGAAAGAUCCACUCAAAAGCUAGGAGCGGGAAUUUAUGAGGUUGACCAAACAACAGCUUUAACAGCAAAGGUUGAUUCUCUCACAAACAUGAUCCAAAAGCUCACUGAGAAGCAAUCAUCAUCAACUUCUAGCACAUCAACAAAUCCAUCAUCAUCUUUAGCUCAAGUUUUGUUCUGUGAACUCUGUGGAGGAGGGCAUUCUUUUAAGGAAUGCAAUCUUCUAGAACUUACACAAAACGUUCCUUCUGGCCCCACAGUAGAACAGGCCGAUGCUAUAUAUGGUAGACCUCAAGUACCAUAUCAAGGAAACUAUAAUCCUCAAGGGAAGACACAUCCAGGAUUUUCAUGGAGUAACCCAUCAGGUGCAACAAAUUCACCAUAUCCAUCCAAACCAACACCUCCUGGAUUUCAAAAUCAGCAAGGGUACCCACCUCAACAACAAUUACCACCACCACCACAACAACAACAAUUUGUUGGAGUUAAUGACUUCCAGAGAAUGAUGCAAGGUAUCACUAAUCAAUUCUCUCAACUCACCGCUCAACUUAAUCAAAUUCAAGCUCACAACAAAAUGCUUGAGAGCCAGAUUGCUAGUUUUGCUUCACCAUCUACUAGCAAAGCUCAAGGCAAGUUGCCUGCCUACUCUGAACAUCCUAGGGAGAAUGUCAGUGCAAUCACUACAAGGAGUGGAAAACAACUUUCUGAUCCACCACUUGUAGUUGAGAAAGAGAAGAUACCUGAAAAAGAGACUUCACCACUAAAGGAGAACAAUGAAGAAGAUCUGAAUUCUCACUCACAUGAAGGCAAGAAAAAGGUAGUACAACCAUAUGUUCCACCUUUACCAUUUCCUCAUAGAGCAAAGAAGAACACAAUUGAUGAGAGGAGGGAUAAAUUCCUUAAAUGGAUCGGACAACUUAACACAACAAUCCCACUUCUUGAUGCUCUAAAACAUAUGCCUUCAUAUUCCAAAUUUCUGAAGGAAAUUCUGUCAAACAAGAAGAAGUUUGAGGAGAAAGCUACAGUAGCCAUGAGCGAGGGAUCCAGUGCUAUAAUUCAGAAGAAACUUCCAGAAAAAUUGAAGGAUCCAGGUAGCUUUACUAUACCAUGCAUAAUUGGAGGGUUCAUGGUCAACAAAGCUUUAUGUGACCUCGGGGCUAGUGUUAGCCUUAUCCCUUAUUCUAUGAGCAAGCGCCUUAGUCUUGGUAUUCCCAAAGCUACUUCAAUGACCAUUCAGCUUGCUGACCGAUCUGUUAAGUACCCUGUUGGUAUUCUUGAAGACAUUCCUGUACAGGUUGGAAAAUAUUUCAUCCCUUGUGACUUUGUCGUCCUAGACAUGGAUGAAGAUGAGCGAGUACCUGUCAUAUUGGGAAGGCCUUUCUUGGCCACUGCUGGUGCCAUCAUUGAUGUUAAAAAGGGUACAUUAAAAAUUGAAGUGGGGGAUGAAAGGGUUGAGUUUAAUAUUUUCCAAACGACGAAAAAUCCUGCAUGUGUGGAAAGUUGUUGGAGGGUUGAUAUAGCCGAUGAAUCCGUGAUAGACUUCAUGGGAUUCUUUCACAAGGAUCCUAUGGAAGUUUGUGUUGUGGAGGAAGUCAAAAAAGAUCAUGAGGAUGAAGAGUUAGUGGAGCGUGUAAAAAAGAAAGAGAGUUGUAAAAGCUUUCACGAGGGGAAGGAAGUGAAAAAGCGGAGGAAGGGAGGAAAAUUGCUAUCAGUGGCCAAAGAGUUAAGAAAUAUUCUCAAGGAGAGGACGCAAAGAAGAAACUCAUUGUUUGACUGGAUCAUCCUCCGUAUGAGUAAACCAAUCAGGUAAUGUCGGGCACACGACGUUAAAAAUAGCGCUUCUUGGGAGGCAACCCAAGUUUAUUUACUUUCAUUUGAAUGUGUGUUUUGCUUGUGUGUUUGCAUUGAAUAAUUUUAUUCUCCCACCCAUUUACUCACCCGUCCUGUAUAUAUUUGUCACAUCGAGGACGAUGUUUCAUCUUAAGUGUGGGGGGAGAAUAUGCAUGUUUGUUUGUUUGUGAAUUGCCUUAUCAUCUGUUUAACUUUCAAAUCAUGCAUUCUAUUCUUUCACAUGGUAUGUGGAUUGUUGGCUGGACUUGUCUCUUAAUAUUUGGAUUGAGAAUCAUAAUUUUUGAGCGUUGAGUAAAAUUUUGGUCAAAUUUUAAACUUUGUACAAACACAAAACAUCUCAUGCACGUAAAUGGUUAUCUAGUGAAACUGUUGUUCAAUAUGUUUAAGAUUGUGUAAAACAAGAGUGCUAUGUGCUUUUAUUUUCCUUGACAUGAUUUUCUGACUUGGCACAUUAGGAAAUGAUAUAGGCCAUUUUUCAUAAACCCAUAUACCUAGCCUUACCCAUGUGAUAAAUAUCCCUUGUUCAACCCCUUUGAGCCAUUUUUUUUUAUAAGCGUUAUACGCUUAACCCUGUUUUUCUCAUUUUCUUUCAUAAAAACCUGUUAUAUGUGACCCUGAGCCUAAAAGCCAAACACUUUCCAACCACCCUAGAAUGAACUUGCAUAAAUUUUAAUGAGUUUAGAGAGUGUUAUUUACAUUUGGGAGCUUCAAUUACACUUUUGUGAUUACUUAGUUGUUAAUAUUCAUUUAUAGGGGUAGUUGUUCUUGUUGUAUCAUCAUUGUACAUAUUAUUCUUGUAAAUUCUUAUGGUUAGAAGCACUGAAAAGCCUUGAACAAAAACAAAAAAAUCAAAAACAAAAAAAAAAAAAAAAAGAAAAAAAAAAGAAAAUGAAAAAAAAAAUCUAAACAAGGCUAAAUAUCCAUGUAUAUGCUUCUCUCUUUUGUAUAUUUUUCUUGUACAUUAAUUUACUCUUUUUACUAGUUACUACCCCUAACUGUUAAAAAUAACAAGUGUUGUAUAGAUUAUUGUCAAAAGCUCCUACUCACAACUUAGUACCUCUCUAAUAUUGUUAAAUUUAUGUCAAGUUCAUUUCUUUUGUUUCCUCAUUAAUUCCCUUUGUUCAUAAGCCUAUCCCACAGACCCCAUUAUAACCCAAUGUUAAAAGUCCUAAUUGAUCUAAUUGUGUUUUGUCUGAACUAAGUUGAUAGGAAAAUCUUAUUUUGCAUAAUUUUGCAUGGUUGAACAAACGAAGCUAGAUUCCAUUUUCACACCACACACUUUGUGUUUGUUCGAGUUGAGAUUUGACCCAAACUUUUGAGAUGAUAUGCAAAAUAUUUUUAUGAUUCUCACUACUCUUAUUUUGUGACAUGUCAAAGGAAUUUGAUUGACCAGGUGGAGUGAAAGGAAAGUAUGCAUGAUUUGAGGAUUACACAUAUGAUUUGGCAAUUCAUUUUUUUGCAUGCUUGGUUGCUUGUGUGAAAUGUAAAUAUUUUUGCUUGAGGACAAGCAAAAUCUUAAGUAUGGGGGAGUUGAUGUACUCCUAAUUUACCAUAUUUACGAUCUUGUUUUGUCACACUUUUAAUACUUUAUUUCUCAUUUUUAAAUAAAAAGGAUUGAUCUUUAUCAUCUUGGACAUUUUAAGGUAUUGCACUUGUUUUGGUAUAUUUUUGAGUUUCAGGAUAAUUCGGAACGUAUAUUAAUUUCUGAAAAGAAAUAAAUAUUACUCCCGAGUGAAGACGAAAAAAUCAUCAAAGUGAAGCGAGUCCUAACUUUAUCUCCGAAAUAUUUAUACAGAGACGCGAAGUUCAUUUCAGAAUAAAUCAGACUGUCCACAAUAAAAUGUACCGGUUAACUGUUUGACCAGUUAACUGAUCAAACAGCUAACCGGCCAAAUAAAGAAGUGGCGAACAAAGAGCCAAGCUGACAACAUUAGUCACUCCAUUAUUGUGAAUAAGGCUCCACCGUAGAAGAAAUCUCAAGAAGAAAACAAAUUGAGAUCAAAUAAUUGUAUUGCAUCCACUUGGAACCAAAGCUGUCUUCAUCAUCUUUCAUUAGCCUAACAGAGGAGCACAGCAGCCGACGAAGAAAAAUGCACAACAGAACAGUGGCCGGUGCUAUUUGCAGGAAGAAAAAUGAGAAAUUGGCAAUCACAUCUGGUGAAGAUUGAAAUCAAUGGCCGUCCAAAUUAAAUGAUCUUUAUCUUCAUUCGGAGAUAUUUAUGAGCUACACCCUUCUUUUGCUACUAUAUAAAGGGGUUAUUCAGGAGCUUCAAAGAACACAACCAAGUAGAUAGAAAUCAUCCUUGUUUCUUUUCUUUAGCUUUGUUCAUAGUAGUAGCAAUAAAAUAAAAGUGAUUCUUUCAAGAACACUUUCUGUAAAAAUUCAGUUUGUAAUUUCCAUUCCAGAAUUUCAGUUCUAUAUAUUUCAACAAUAAAGUUCAUUUGGAGAUAUCAGUUCGAAGUUAAUCAGUUCCAGCUUAAUCUGAGGAUUUCAAUCUUUUCUGUUCCAGCUCUUCUAUGUUCUUGAAUAUUUAUGCCUUCAGUUUGCAGGUAUACCACACAGAACACUGAGAGGUGAUGUUUAAGUUGGACAGUGUUAACAAGUUUAGGGCAUAAGAAAUACUUGGUAAAUAUCAAUUUCAAUCAUAUCGCGAAGAUGAAGUUUAUGAAGAUAGGAGCAAGACCAGAUACCUUCUACACCGAAGAUGGUACAAGGGUUAUAAGUUCAGAUAUGCCAAGUGAUCUUACUAUCAAAAUCAACAACAUAACUUAUCAUCUUCACAAGUAUCCACUUCUGCAAAAGUGUGGACUCCUACAAAGACUCAUAUCAAAUACAGAAGAUUCGGACAAUGUUGCCCUGGAACUGCAUGAUACUCCAGGGGGAGAAGAGGCAUUCGAGAUAUGCGCGAAAUUCUGUUACGGGAUGACCAUUAAUGUCAGCGCACAUAACUUCGUCCCCGUUUUCUGUGCCGCGAAGUUCCUUCGAAUGACGGAGGCCUUCGAGAAGGGGAAUUUGGCGGUCAAACUCGAGGCAUUUUUAGCUUCAUGCGUAUUGGGAGGCUGGAAGGACUCGAUUCUGGCGCUCCAGACGACGGAGAAGUUAGCCGAUUGGGCCGAAAAUGUCGGCGUGACCCGGAAGUGUAUAGAUUCGAUCGUUGAGAAGAUCUUAACCCCUCCGGCGAAGGUCCGGUGGUCAUACACUUGCAGUCGCCAUGGAUUCGAUAAAAAGCAAGCGAAAUCGGCGCCGAGAGAUUGGUGGACGGAGGAUUUGGCCGUGCUUGGGAUAGAUCUCUUCCGAUGUAUAGUCACAACCGUUAGAUCAACCGGAUCUCUGUCGCCUCAGCUCAUCGGCGAGGCCUUACAUGUCUACGCCGGCCGGUGGCUACCAAACACCAAAAAGGCGAAAUUGUCCUCAGUCGAAGGGAUCGAGAGGAAGCGGAGUAUUCUAGAGACAAUUGUGAGUAUGAUCCCUAUCGAUGGAGACUCUGUUUCAAUUAGAUUCUUACUGAAGCUGCUUAGCGCGGCAAAUUACUUAGGAGCAUCUAUGGUGACGAAAGCAGAGCUGAUAAGGCGAUCGGGGGAGAGGUUGCACGAGGCGAGGGUGAAUGACUUGCUGCUGCCGCCAUCUCAGGCUGGUGAUGAAACUGGAAGCGGCUUUGAUGUUGAAUUGGUCGGGGUUGUUUUGGAGAGUUUCCUGAGGCAAUGGAAGAGGCAGGCGGCGGGUGAAGAGAAGGAAUCGGCGAUGAGGAAGGUGGGAAAGCUGGUGGACUCUUAUGUUCAAGUUGUGGCUAGGGAUGAUCCUAAAAUGGCAGUUGAGCAAUUGGUGUCUCUGGCUUCUGCUGUUCCAGAUAUUGCCCGACCACUUCAUGAUGAACUUUACCAGGCAGUCAACACGUAUCUUAAGGUGCAUCCCAAUCUAAGCAAAGCCGACAGGAAGCUGCUCUGCCGUAUUCUGGACUGCCGUAAACUAUCACCAGAAGUAUGUGCGCAGGCGGUGAGGAAUGAGCGGCUGCCAUUGAGAACCGUAGUGCAAGUACUCUACUUUGAGCAGGAAAGGGGUACCGCUAGAACCACCACGCCCAGUCAACUUUCAACACCCAAAGGAGAUUUUAAUGGACUUAGAAAUAAUCUGAAGUUGGAUUCAGAUGAUCAGCGGCCACACAAGGCAACGGAAGAGAAUCGGAGACGAAGAAGAACUAUAGUUCAUGAGGAUGUUUCAAGGUCAGUGUCAACAAAGGGAAGAGAUAUUGGUGAAGAAAAGGAAAUACGUGGAAGUACUAAUAAUAAGGCACUUCCUCGUUCACAAAGAGCCCUGCACGCACAAUAAGGAUACAUAUACUCUGCAUUGAAAUCAAAUUCAAUGAGCACUCUGUGUUUCAUGAAUAUAAUGCCAAUUAUAUCUGGUUGAAAAAUCUUAGCAUCGUGUGCAAAGGUGAAUGGAGCAUGCAAUUCAACGGGAGAUUGAUGAUAUUAUUGAUUUGUAUAUGUGAUUGUUCAUUUGAUAUAUUCAAGAAAGAUUUCGUGUAGUGCUUUGGAACAA